UACUGUGGUUGAUAAAUAUAUUAUUUUGUUUUGAUAUAAUAUAGAAUCUUUGAAUUAUAUAGUUGACAUGAAUGAUAGAACAAUAAAACUCUUGAUAAUUGGCGAAAGCGGUGUUGGAAAAUCAAGCCUCAUCCGUCGAUUCGUACACGAUAAAUUUGACGACAACUACGAUGUUACUAUUGGAAUGGAUUUCAAGGGCAAAGUGGUGAAUAUUAAUGGGCUUGAAUAUAAGUUGGCUCUCUGGGAUACUGCUGGUGCCGAACGGUUUCGGACCAAUGUCAAUUACGAGGUUUUACAGAAUGACGAUACGCGGUUUUGUACUUUAAAGGAAGAUUAA